AUGUCCUGGUCUGAAUAUCUGCGUGAAAUUGCGCAGAGAUUUGAGGAAGCAGCUGAAGAGUUAACGUCGGUAUUUGAAUUGCCUCCAGACUUACUGAAUGAUAUAACUGAGGAGGACGGCGAAAGCAUUCCAAGGACUAGUUCCUUUUUGUCUGAAAGAGAACAAUUGGUAGAGGAAGAUGAAGAGGAUGAGCGGAUCUUGCGUGGAGUUGACCUGAAUAAUCAAGAUUCGGUUCGCAAAAAGAUUCAAGAAAUACAGUCUCAAAAUGAAUUUGACGAGAAACGAAAGGCUUCUGUUAUGCAGAAACUGUUGAUGUCCGGUUAUGUAAAGUAUCGCAAGGAUAAGAAAAAACUUACAGUGACUGAUGAAAGCGGUUUAAACUUUAAGGAUUUAGAGCCGUCGUUUCAUGAUAAGGAACACGAUAUUUACGGGUGUAAGCAUUAUAUGCGUAAUUGUAAAAAGCAAUGCGCUGAUUGCAAACAAUGGUUUCCGUGCAGGCACUGUCAUAAUGAAGUGAGUGAUCAUACACUAAAUCGAAACGCUACCGAAAAUAUGCUAUGUAUGUUUUGCUUGAAUACACAACCAGCUGCUGAGAAGUGCAAGUUUUGUCGAAAGUCUAUGGCUCGUUAUUAUUGCAAAAAGUGCAAAUUAUGGGAUGAUGAUCCGUCGAAAACCAGUUAUCAUUGUGAUGACUGUGGCAUUUGCCGAAUAGGUCGUGGCGUGGGCGAUGACUAUUAUCAUUGCAAGAUUUGUGGUAUUUGCCUUCCUAUUGCUGUUUAUGAUACUCAUCGGUGCAUUGAGCGAAGCACAGAUUGCAAUUGCCCAAUUUGUGGAGAAUACAUGUUCAACUCGACGGAAAGAGUGGCUUUUCUCCCUUGUUCUCAUCCACUACAUCAACGUUGUUAUGGUGAUUAUAUAAAAACAAAUUAUCGCUGCCCAACGUGCUCAAAGACAAUAAUCAAUGUCAAUUCCAUGUUUCGCAUCUUGGAUAUGGAAGUUGAACGACAACCCAUGCCGUAUCCUUAUAACACAUGGAUUUCUACUAUACACUGUAACGAUUGCAGCUCUCGAUCUGAUACCAACUAUCAUUUUCUUGGACACAAAUGCAAAUCUUGUCACUCCUACAACACUUGUAUAUCAUCUAUCUACAAACCCCUUGAUCAUCCUCAAGUGUCUAUUCCGCGACUUGCGACUGCUGAAGAUGCUGGUAUGCGAAGGUUGAUGGGACACUCAUGGGAUUCCAAUGACGACGAAUUUGGCAUGUUUAGAUUUUAA